GUAGGAACCCGGAAAGAUUGUGCAAUGAAUGGUGACACCCGGGCUGCAGUGGUGACCUCACCACCCCCAACCACAGCCCCGCACAAGGAGAGGUACUUUGACAGGGUAGAUGAAAACAAUCCGGAAUACUUGCGGGAGAGGAACAUGGCACCAGACCUUCGCCAGGACUUCAAUAUGAUGGAGCAAAAGAAGAGAGUGUCCAUGAUUCUGCAAAGUCCUGCUUUCUGUGAAGAAUUGGAAUCAAUGAUACAGGAACAAUUUAAGAAGGGGAAGAAUCCCACAGGCCUAUUGGCAUUACAGCAGAUUGCAGAUUUUAUGACCACAAAUGUACCGAACGUCUACCCAGCAGGUCCACAAGGAGGGAUGGCUGCCUUAAACAUGAGUCUUGGUAUGGUGACCCCUGUAAAUGACCUUAGAGGAUCUGAUUCAAUUGCAUAUGACAAAGGGGAGAAGUUAUUGCGGUGUAAAUUGGCAGCAUUUUACAGACUAGCAGAUCUCUUUGGGUGGUCUCAGCUUAUCUACAAUCAUAUCACCACCAGAGUGAACUCCGAGCAGGAACACUUCCUCAUUGUACCUUUUGGACUUCUUUACAGUGAAGUGACUGCAUCCAGUUUGGUUAAGAUCAACCUACAAGGAGAUAUAGUAGAUCGUGGAAGUACUAAUCUAGGGGUGAAUCAAGCUGGUUUCACAUUACAUUCUGCAAUUUAUGCUGCACGACCUGAUGUGAAGUGUGUUGUGCACAUUCACACACCCGCAGGGGCCGCGGUCUCUGCGAUGAAAUGUGGCCUGUUGCCAAUCUCGCCGGAGGCGCUUUCCCUUGGAGAAGUGGCUUAUCAUGAAUAUCAUGGCAUUCUGGUUGAUGAGGAGGAAAAAGUUUUGAUUCAGAAAAAUUUGGGGCCUAAAAGCAAGGUUCUGAUUCUCCGGAAUCAUGGGCUCGUAUCAGUUGGAGAGAGCGUUGAGGAGGCCUUCUAUUACAUCCAUAACCUUGUGGUUGCAUGUGAGAUCCAGGUUCGAACUCUGGCCAGCGCCGGAGGACCAGACAACUUAGUCUUGCUGGAUCCUGGGAAGUACAAAGCCAAAUCCCGCGCUCCGGAGUCUCCGGCAGGAGAAGGCACAGGAUCGCCUCCCAAGUGGCAGAUUGGUGAGCAAGAAUUUGAAGCCCUCAUGCGGAUGCUUGAUAAUCUGGUAAGAAUGCUGCCACCUCUUGAUGAUGACAAAGCUUUUGUU